UCUUAUUACAAAACUGGCUUGUCGGAGCACUAGUAUAAACUAUAAAGCAGGUCCGGUUUGAUUGGCGUCAAAAUUUCCGGCGAGUUUCAAGAUUCCCUCUCCUACCAACGUGAUCUAAGCUGCUCUGCCUGAUCCUGGAUUCCCGCGCCACCACGGGCCACUCUUACUUGCUCAAAUUCUGUUUGGUUACGUUUAUGGGACAUCCUUAGUUUGGUUCAGGGCAGCUUUCUACUUUCGGAAACUUUGGGUCUGCUUUCAUUCUCCGGCGGAACUUGCCGGCUGUUGGGACUUUCAGCGGCUGAACUGUGAUGGAUUUUUCGAGUUCUAGCGGAAUUCGGCUUUGUAUUGGCAUUUUCAGUUGUGUUUGGAUGGUGGGACAAAAUCUUUCAGCUGCGGAAGGUUUAUUUCUUUUUUGAAAGAGAAGGGAAGUUUUGUGAAACUUUAAGGACUAAGAAGAAAAAGAAAGAUUGAAUAGUGGUUUUUGUAGAUUGAGAAUUUGAAGAAAAGUUUUUUGGAUUCUUGGCAAAGUGGGAGUUUGUAUAAUGUCUUUGAAGAGUUUCAAAUUACUGUUUUUGCAGAGCAAAGCAGUUUCUUUUGUGGGAUUUCAGAGUCUUUUUUUGUCAAUUCUAAGAGAAUACGUUUUCUUCCAUUGCAGACUGAUUCCAGUUAAUAGUAUCUGAUUACUAGAAGAUUUUAAUUAGUUAGAUUGUGUAGAUUGGUGUUUGUGAAUCCAUUUUGCUGAAAAAUGAAGGCUCCAACAAAUGGUUAUCUUGCUAAUUCAGGAGAAGGAGAACGAAAGGCAAUAAAUUCUGAGUUAUGGCACGCUUGUGCUGGUCCACUGGUUUCUUUGCCUCCUGUUGGAAGUCUGGUGGUCUACUUUCCUCAGGGUCACAGUGAACAAGUUGCAGCAUCUAUGCAAAAGGAGACUGACAGCAUCCCCAGUUAUCCUAACCUGCCAUCGAAGUUAAUUUGCUUGCUGCAUAAUGUAACUCUACAUGCUGAUCCUGAAACUGACGAGGUCUAUGCACAGAUGACUCUUCAACCUGUAAAUAAAUAUGACCAGGAAGCGUUACUCCUAUCAGAUAUGGGCCUCAAGCAAAGCAGACAACCUGCUGAAUUUUUCUGCAAAACUCUUACAGCCAGUGAUACAAGCACACAUGGUGGAUUCUCUGUACCACGUCGAGCUGCUGAAAAGAUUUUUCCACCUUUAGACUUUUCAAUGCAACCACCUGCUCAGGAGCUAGUGGCUAGGGAUUUGCAUGACCAAACAUGGACAUUCAGACACAUAUAUCGAGGUCAACCAAAAAGACACUUAUUGACAACAGGGUGGAGUGUCUUUGUCAGCUCUAAAAGACUGGUGGCUGGUGAUUCGGUCCUAGUCAUAAGAGAUGAAAAGUCGCAGCUUUUAUUGGGUAUAAAGCGUGCUAAUAGACAGCUGCCUGCACUCUCAUCAUCAGUUAUAUCUAGCGAUAGCAUGCACAUUGGAAUUUUGGCUGCUGCAGCUCAUGCUGCUGCCAAUAGCAGCCCCUUUACUAUUUUUUACAAUCCAAGGGCUAGUCCUUCUGAAUUUGUAAUACCUUUUGCCAAAUAUAACAAAGCCAUGUAUACACAAGUUUCCUUGGGAAUGAGAUUUAGAAUGAUGUUUGAGACUGAAGAGUCUGGAGUGCGUAGGUACAUGGGUACAAUUACUGGUAUUGCUGACUUGGAUCCAGUCCGCUGGAAAAGUUCACAGUGGAGAAAUCUUCAGGUUGGAUGGGAUGAGUCUACAGCUGGGGAACGUCCCAGUCGAGUUUCAAUUUGGGAAAUUGAACCUGUUGUGACUCCUUUCUAUAUAUGUCCACCCCCAUUUUUCAGACCCAAGUUUCCGAAACAUCCAGGCUUUCCAGAUGAUGAAUCUGACAUGGAAAGUGUGUUUAAGAGAGGCAUGCCCUGGCUUGGAGAUGAUCUUGGCCUCAAAGAUGCCACUAGCUCUGUAUUACCUGGCUUGAGUUUGGUCCAGUGGAUGAACAUGCAACAGAAUAACCAAUUAUCUGCUGCUCAGUCAGGAAUUUUUCCAAGCGCCUUAAAUGGUAAUUUGAGCACAGAAGAUCACUCGAAGCUGUUGAAUUUUCAAUCCCCUGCACUUGCUGCAACAAAUCUCCAAUUUGGGAAGACAAAUCAAUUCAAUCAGCAAACUAAUCAACUCCAGCAGACAUCUUUGGUGGGGACCCAACCACAACAGCUGCAGCAGUUGUUGCAUUCUUCUGUGAAUUCCCAGCCGCAACAACACCCACAACAGCAUUCAAUCCAGCUUCGGCAGCAACCCCAACUACCACAGCAUCAGCAACAGUGUCCUCCACAUUUGCAGCAGCCGCAGCAGCUGCAGCAACAACAAAAUAUGAUGCCGUUGGCUUGUGUUAAUAAUGGUUCCUCUGUAGCAACCAGCCAGAUUUCAAAUCAGAAUUUGCAGCAGCCUGCAUUAUACUCCCAGCUUCAACAGCAACACUUACUGACAGGAAAUACACAACCACAGCAACCUGCCUCAUCUAACAAAAGUUCUUUAACAUCCUUACCCCAAGACGUGCAGUAUCAGCAACUGGAACACCAGAAUAACCUAUUGCAGAAGACCCAGCAACAGCAGACACCUAUGCUUCAAGCUCCACUACAGACACUGCAGCAAAAUUUAAUCCAAAGACAGCAAGUACAACAGACAUCACAACAGAAUCUUUCAGAGCAGAACCUGCAACUCCAGCUACUCCAAAAAUUGCAGCAGCAACAGCAACAGCAACAGCAACAGUUGUUGUCCCCGUUAAGCAAUCAUUUGGAGCCUCAGUUGCCCCAACAACAGCAGCCUCUUCAACAAAACCGGCCGUUCCAGCAAGCACCAGUUGCUCAACAGCAACCCAGUGGCAACAGCUUUUCAACAUCUACGCUUCUGCAGUCACCACAACAUCCUGUUAACCAACUCCAAGGUCAGAACAAAUCACGUAUUUUUGUCAAAGCCUAUUCUGGACCAACAGAUGGAGAUGCUCCAUCAUGUUCAACAUCACCUUCAACAAAUAAUUGCCAUGUGUCCUCAUCAAAGUUCCUGAAUAGGAACCAACAAGGGCCAAUCACUCAGGCAGGAGAAUCAGUCAUUGAUCCUUCCCCUAUCCUGGUUCAUGAGCUUCAGAGCAGGUCUGAUGUCCGAGUAAAGCAUGAAUUAUCCGGCUCAAAGGGAGCAGAGCAACCUAAAUUCAGAAGCAAUACAGAACACUUGGAUGCAGCCUCAUCUGCUACAUCAUAUUGCUUGGAUACUGGUGGCAUCCAACAGAAUUUUCCACUGCCUGGCUUAUGUUUGGACAGUGAUGUCCAAUCGCAUUCUAGGAGCACUCUGCCUUUCACUUCCACUGUUGACUCAUUGGCGCCUGACGCUUUGUUAUCAAGGGGUUAUGACUCAGGAAAGGACAUCCAGAAUGUGCUUUCUAAUUAUGGUGGCAGCUCGAGGGAUAUUGAGACAGAGUUAUCUGCUGCUGGUUUUGGAGUUCCAAACAUGUCUUUUAAACCAGGCUGUUCAAAUGAUGUACCCAUUACUGAAGCUGGUGUCCUGAAUAGUGGCCUGUGGCCCAACCAAACUCAGCGCAUGCGAACGUACACAAAGGUUCAAAAACGUGGCUCUGUGGGAAGAACUAUUGAUGCCACACGCUACAAGGGCUAUGAUGAGCUUAGGCAUGACCUAGCACGGAUGUUUGGAAUUGAGGGACAGCUAGAAGAUACACAAAGGAUGGAGUGGAAGCUUGUCUAUGUAGAUCAUGAAAAUGAUAUACUGCUCGUUGGUGAUGACCCAUGGGAGGAAUUUGUGAGCUGUGUCCAGAGCAUAAAGAUUCUUUCCUCUGCAGAAGUACAGCAAAUGAGUUUGGAUGGAGAUCUAGGCAAUCUACCUGUGCCGAACCAAGCUUGCAGUGGGACUGAUAGCGGUAAUGCAUGGAGAGGACACUAUGAUGACAACUCAGCCGCCUCAUUUAAUCGAUGAGAGCAUUCUGUAAUCCCAAAUGAAUGUAGACCUUCAGCUCCCAAGGCUCCUCGGCCUUUAGCAACUUGGAUCAAGCCCAACUCAUUUUAACCACUAAUGUUGAAGAAGGCUUACAAAUAGAGUAGCAAGUGACAACUAUAUCUGUGUGUUAGCCCCUGGCGCUUCGUAACUUGAAUUUGCCUUAGACACGGCUGAGAGUAAACUCAUGUUGGUGUGCUUGCUGCCUGCAGCUUCUAAGAGUUGAAAUUACUCUCCCGUGCCAGUUGGUUCACGUCUGUACCCUCCUGCAAUUUAUACAGCGAAUUGUAAAGGCUUACUCUAGAAAAGAUCAGAUGAUGUAAAUCUCAUUUUCUGUAAUCAUUUUAAGUAGGUUACUAA